GAUACAGAAAGACUUAGAGUCUUCGUUAAACCUUUGUAAGAAAAUGACUGGCAAUGACCCAUUGGAAGAUAGAAGGGUGGAGGAUUUAGCUAACCAAGUUGCCGAAACAUCGGAUAAAAAUGUUCCGGCCUUGCUACUUGCAAUUCAAGAGAUCCUCGACAGUGUGGUACCUGGUUCCCACAAAGCAGCCAAAGUCAAGAAGGACAUCUGGAAUUAUGAUCUUCUGCAAAGUGUCCUCCUAGCACUGAGACAAGAUUUCUCUCUGAUUCAAGGAAAAUGGAACACCGCUGCCUCACUAGCCAAGAUACUUGCACAUUGUGCCGUCGGACUUGAGCCGACAGACACGUACGAGUACCAUGCCAUCUUCCUACCGGAGGCAGCGGAGAGACUUCUCAUCCUGUCCCGCAACAUCCAGUUCAGAUACAUGAAGAUUCCCGAGAAGACGUUGACCCUGAAGGAUGAUCUCAUCAAGGAUUUCAAGGAAGCAAUCGAAGCUCUACAGUGGCUCAUCAGCGGACAUGUGUUCCUCGCCAUCUAUGUUCUUCGAUCCAACUACCUCCUUCAGAUGUUAAUAACAGACGACAAAGAGACGGGAAUUGUCAUCUUGAGCAUGUUCCAGAAUGCAGUGAGAGUCAAUCCUGAGGUGCUAAAGACACUAGAUGAGAAAGUCGUACACAGUCUCCUUGAUGAGGUGAUCUACAAGCUAUCAGCGUUUACUGAUCCUGAGAUUGGUGCGGCAGCAACGCGUGCCCUUGUCAAUAUCUCUGAUGUACAUCAACCUCUCAUUCGAUUACUCUACACUAGAUACAAAGGUUUGCGACCACUGUUGAGUCGAUGGACUGGGAAAGGGUUCGGCCGUGACUUGAAGAGACUUCUGGCCUUACUGGACUCUGGAACAGCUCAACAGGCGGAGAUGAAGAGGCUUCAUCAAGCAGCCAGAGCCAUCCAAGCUGUAUGGAGAGGAUUUAGGUCCAGGAGGCAACUCAGGAAAGCUAAUAAUGCCUUUGCACGGUUGCAGAAGGGCUUCAGAGAGAAGCAAGAGAAGCGAGAUCUUCGAGCAGAGAAGGAGAAAGAACAGAGGGAGCUUCAGCAUCAGCUACUGGUAUCAAGAAGGCACGCUAUCAGACACACUAGACAGAAACAACUAGAUAUGAUCUCUGCUAUGGCUCCUGGCAAAGUUGACAAGUACCUUCAGAUGUCUCAGAUUGCGUCUGCAGUGAAGAUCCAGGCACUAUGGAGGGGAAUUAUUGAGAGACGUAAGCUCGGUUUAAGGAAGGCUACGGCACAUCAAGUGAGAGCUGCCAUCGCCAUACAGAGAGUGGUGCGUAGAUUUUUGAAGAGACUGGAGGAGAAAAAGCGUGAGCCAUUGUUGUUUCAGCCGCCCCCUGGUCUGACUGAAGAAAGACGAGUUGAUCUACAACGAGAAAUCGACCAACAUAGAGAGGCACAUCCUCCGAAGCCGUUGAGUCGAGAGGCCCAGCAGGAACUCCAUUCAGAGGCCCAGGAAAUACUAGGAAGGUACUUGAGUGUCCGUAUGGCUCAUCGUAAGAACUACCAAAGAAGGGAAGCACUGCUAGCAACCCUCGAGACUGAUGUCGACCUCUUGAGUGAUGCACCCAAACUACAUGACCUGACCGAACGUGACAUGCACAAAUUCACUAGCCACUCAGCGCCCAUCGCCGCUAAGGCAUUAGCCAAUCACAAGGAGCAAAUGGUGAUGCUUCGUCAGCCAUGGUGGAAGAAGUUGAACGCUGCAGAGAGGACGGAGGAGGAGGUGGGGGAAGACUACGACUUCAAUGUCUUCUGAAAUCGGAGCUGUAACCGAGUAAAGCCCGGUUCAUACUUCUUGCGAAUGCAAAGCGCAUUUUGGCACACAUGGUUGUUUUCGCAGCGAAUGUUUCGCGGGAGUUGAACACAUUUCAACUGUUGCGAAUUAUUUGAUGCAAAUUGUGCUGUCAAAUUUUUAUUACAUUCACAUUCGCAGGAAGUAUGAACUGGGCUUAAUCUUUCCCAAACUUGAAAUGUUUUACUCAAAGGGAAGGGGGGGAGACGAAUUUGCAGUAGAGUUUGAUAGUCAAAUACCACGUUUGACAAUUUUCUGAUUUGAAUCUGAAUUCAGACGUUUUUAAAGUGUGCUUGGUUAAAGGCAGUGGACACUAUUGGUAAUUACUCAAAAUAAUUAUUAGCAUAAAACCUGAC